GUGUACUCGGCUCGCGGCGCGCAGUGAAGAUGGCGGGCGCCUGAGGUCGCUCGUGCUGCGCCAUGUCCGCGCCCGCGCCGCCGCCCGGCCGCAGCCCGCGCCGCCGCGGCCACCAGCACCACCCGCGCCUCCGCGGCGACCGCGCCCCCGCCCCCGCCCCCGCGCCCUCCGUCCCGCCGCCCAGUGCUAGUGAAUCUCCCCCCGUGACAAGGACAAACAGUGACGAUGCACUUUCGAAUCGUAGCGCGCUCGAGGACGUUAUAAACUAUGAACAAAUCGAAUUCGAAACUCGAAUACCUGACGUGGACUCGCGCGCGAGCUCCGAUGACGAGGUCCCGUGCCUCGAGCAGCGGUCGCCGGGCGACGGGGCCUGCGAGGACGACGACCCGGAGACGGCGGCGCUGGCCCAGCUGCGCUGCCCCAGCGAGUGCACGGAGGCGCUGGCGGCGCGCGAGUCCCGCCGCCGCCGCCGCUGCGCCGACUACCCCGGCCUCGCCUUCGGCAGCUCCAUAUUCUCCUCCGACACCAUGAUGAAGUUUUCCCUCAUCAAAAACGAGCUGCAGAACAUCAAGAACACGGCUCUGAAGAGGGCGGAGUCUGAGGUGGCUGCGCUGAACCGGCGCAUCCAGCUGCUGGAGGAGGACCUGGAGAGGUCGGAGGAGCGCCUCGCCACCGCCACCGCCAAGCUGUCGGAGGCCAGCCAGGCCGCCGACGAGUCGGAACGCGCCCGCAAGGUGCUUGAGAACAAGUCGCUGGCUGAUGAAGAGCGCAUGGACGCCCUGGAGAACCAGCUUAAGGAGGCCCGCUUCCUCGCUGAGGAGGCCGACAAGAAAUACGAUGAGGUCGCUCGUAAGCUCGCCAUGGUUGAGGCUGAUCUGGAGCGCGCGGAGGAGCGCGCCGAGACCGGCGAAUCCAAAAUCGUCGAGCUUGAGGAGGAGCUCCGCGUUGUCGGCAACAACCUGAAGUCCCUUGAGGUCUCUGAGGAGAAGGCGAUGGCGACCCGCGAUCACGUCGAGGAUAAGAUCCACCACCUCUCACAGAAGCUGACGCAAGCUGAGGCUCGCGCUGAAUUCGCUGAGCGUUCCGUGCAGAAACUCCAGAAGGAGGUCGACAGGCUCGAAGACGAAGUGAUUGACGAGCGCAGUAAGUACAAGGCGAUCGCAGAAGAAGUGGACCAGACAUUUGCUGACCUCUCCGGAUACUAAACCUGGACGCUUCCGUAUCCGGAGCCGCCAUUUUGUGCGAAAAGGCGGGAAAAUUGUGGAAUCGACGACAGUAGUUCAAAAUGUGUGUGAGUGUGCUCGGCAAAAGUUAUGAAAGAUUUUAUCGAUGCUUCCAAGUAUGCUUUGCACCAAAAGAUGCCAGAAAUCGAUAGAUAAAUCACAUCUGAAGGUGUUUUUUUAAUGUUAAUGAUGAAGUCAUCGACUUGGUGAAAAUUUUAUUAAUGGCCUUUUACAAGUUCUGCAUUGUCUAGCUAGAUAUUUAAUUUAGUAUCGAAAAUAACUGUCCAUAUUAAAGUUAAGACACGAUGACACAAAUUAAAACUACACAUAGAUAAAAUAUACAGAUCUAGGCAUUCUUGCCUAGCGCUAUGGUAGGUAUGGUACGUUGGUACCUACCUACUUGCUUUGAAUGCCUUAUUUUUGCCCGCUGUAACCUAGGUACAGGUACUUACUAAUUACUCUGAGGUACCGACUGCUUACAUCAAAGCUAUGUAAAAAAUAUUCUAGGUGGUUGUUGAUAAAUAUUUGGAAGACAUUACUUAACUAAAAUUGUUUUUGAAUACUGUACAAAAUACAAAAAUAUAAGUACCUGGUAAGGUAAGUUAAAUAAACGUACUGCCGUAGUUACCAACAUAGAGACAUUUUAUACCUGACCUGAUAUAAAUACCUUCUUACUUUAUCAGGGACAUGGUUGCAUUAAGUUCUAGGGAUCUUUGAAAGAGAAAUAAAAAAAUAUGCUCAUUUUAACAAUACAUACCUACCUAAAUACUUUAUAAUAAAAAUAUAAACUACUACUUUUUACUGCAUUAUUAGCACUGCCGCCAAUAGUCCUUUUUAUGUACUUAAGUAAACAUUUUUGUACCUACAGACGUAGAAUAUCUAUACAGCUACCUACCUAUAGGAUAUUAUUAUGGAUGGAAUAUUAUUUUAAGGCUUUAAUCGGUAUUUCUUUUGGAAAAAUGUAAGUCUUGUGAUAAACUGUAACAGAUGAAAAUUUUAAAUGAUUGUGCAUUUGUGACUUUUGUAAGAAGUUUUUUGUCUUUGAAUUUAUUGGGUAUUAAAAAUGCUAAAUAUUUUAGCCGCUUUCAGGGGUUAUAUAAUUUUAUCGAAGCUGAUGUUUGAAGUUUUUAAUAAAUACUAAUAUUCUAACUUCUUA